CAUGGGCCCUAAACAAGUAGGUUCGAAAGGAGCAAAGAAGGCCGCCACUAAGGCAAAGGCCAGUCGUGGAACUGACAAGAAAAGGAGGAGGAAGAGGAGGGAAUCCUACAGCAUCUACAUCUACAAGGUGUUGAAACAGGUGCACCCCGACACCGGAGUGUCCAGCAAAGCCAUGUCCAUCAUGAACAGCUUUGUCAACGACAUCUUCGAGAGAAUCGCCGCUGAGGCUUCCCGUCUGGCCCACUACAACAAGAGGUCCACCAUCACUAGUCGGGAAAUCCAGACUGCUGUCCGUCUCCUUCUCCCCGGUGAAUUGGCUAAGCACGCCGUCAGCGAAGGCACCAAGGCUGUCACCAAGUACACCAGUUCCAAGUAAACUUGUAGCAAAGUUUACUACAACAAACCAACCAAACGGCCCUUUUCAGGGCCACCCACAUUCCUCAAAAAGCCCUGUGAUCUCUCGAAAAUUAUACGCUUUGUCUGCGUAAGACUUGACUUGCUUCAGUGUGUGUCGUCGUGUGAUUUGUUUGUAAUAUGUAAAAGAGAACUGCUAUAGUAAGGAAACGAAUGAGAAAUAUAAUCAUCAUGUAGCAAUGAAAUAUAUGAAAACAUAUCCGUCCAAAUAUCAUGUGGAGUUGUUGGUAAGUUAGUGUUGAUUGAUUUACAUUUAGAUUAAAGUAAAGACGAAAUAAUACCACCUUGUAACAUGGUUCCAUGUGCAUGUGUGUUUGAUAUCAUAAUACUUUGGUAUAACCUUAUUUCAAACCUACCAAUGCAUGUACUAUAGCUCAAUAACGGAAUAGUGUAUGGAUUGAUUAUCUUUGUUUUCAUGUAUUAAUUGCAACGAUGUAAGAUCAACCCAUGUUCUGUGUAUUUAUGGAGAAGUGUGCAUAAGUUUAUAAGAAUUAGGCCGUGUUUUAUUUCAAUGAUAAAACACAGCCAAAAUAUGUACAUAUCAACUGAAUCGAAUUGAAUCUGAAUAGAUAUGAUUAUGGAAUGGAA